GAGACCUCGAACUUCAGGAGCGUAUCUAAGUUGAUCGUCUAACAUUGAUAUUAGCCCCGCGAUAGAUUCGUCUACCGAGCUAUAAGGCGGGGAAACAUACCAGAAUUUCCUUAGACCUCUACCCCUUCCCCGUAACCUUCAAUGUCUUCGCAACCUUCAACAGCUAUUCCUUGCAUUGGGAAUACUUUUGGUGUUCUCUAUGUCGGUGCUACCAUAGCCGUCCUAUUAUUCGGUGUCAGUAAUCUACAAAUGGCCAUAUACUACAAGAGAUAUCCGAAUGACUGGUCACUCUACCGGUAUUCUGUAGCGCUCCUUUGGACCCUCGACAUCCUUCACGUCGCGUUGACUACCCAUGCACUGUAUGUCUAUCUGAUCGAUAUGUUCGGUGACUUGGCCGGUGCGCUAGUGAACAGCGUCUGGAGCUUCAAGGUGCAAUUAGGUAUGAAUAUAGGGAUUAUCAUAUAUGUUCAAGGAUUAUAUGCAAUCCGCUUAUGGAAACUUGGGCGAUAUUUUCACAAAUUUCUCCCAUGGUUUGCGUUUUUGGCUGUAGUAGCUUCGCUGGGUGCUGGAAUAUUUUCUAUCUAUAGCCUUAGUCUGGCACCAAAUUUAUCGACGAUUUACCAUAUGAAGGCAUCCGUUAUUGCUUCCUCCACAGUGGUUGUGACGGAUUUUGUGAUAGCCUUCAUGAUGUGUUAUUACUUGCACAAGAGCAGAGCGGUUAUGGAACUGUCUAAGCGCGUUAUGUUAUGCAUGAGGUCCUUCCAAACUUUCUGAAUAUCCUCUUAGUAGUGGCAUGGCUUACCGCCUUCUCAAUCUGAUGUGACUCGUUAUUAUGUCCGGGUUAGCUACAAGCGCAUGCUUCCUGGUCGUGCUCAUCUCGUACAUUGUAUGGCCCAGGACUCUGAUUUUCCUCGGCAUCGCUUUUGUCCUACCAAAACUCUACAUCAACUCCCUGCUCGCUAUGUACAUCGCUUUCUUGUGUAUCUUACUG